AUGCAUACGCCUUCUGAGCAAAAUGUAUACAUUGGAGAGCAAGUCAGCUCUCUUGCUGAUCAUAUGUCGAGUCGAAGAUGUAAUCACCACGCAGAUCGGACGUUGCAUUAUAGUGAAUUAGCAUCUAAUACGCUUACUCUCAACAGAAUGCUCAACCGCGGUCUUACACUUCCUGUUUCAGGAACAUGGUGUCCUGAUUUCAGACAACCUGACUACGUACUUCUGCAGCCUACGCCAAAAAGACGACGAACUUCUUCUGGAUCAGCAGGAUUUCCUCGUCGUUAUUGUACAUCAUCAAGGAAUGGUCACUUUCCUAACGGAUUAUCAGUGCAUUCAUCUUCUAAUCUUCCUAAUAUGUGUGAAAUGACUAAUCAUCGGUUUCUCAGAUCUUUGGAUGGUCGUAACCCUGAAAGUUUCCGUCAAAAUAAUGUUUUUGCUAACCAGCAUUCAUUACAGCAACAUUGGUCACAGGUACUACCGACAUCUCAGCAUCAUCCUAAUCGUUGGCAAAAUGAACUUCAGCAGGUCACUAGUUUAGUAUCAGUUGCUGCUGCAGCCGCAGCGGCGGCUGCUGCUGCGACACAAACUAAUAGUACACCCUAUCAUCAACAGUCCUUUAUACCACCGGCUACAAAUGUGACUUUUUCAGAGGUACCUUGUUCUAGCAGUCAAAAUUAUGUUGCAAUCACAUCAAGAGCUAGGGGUUUCACUCAAGCGAAACAUGCACUAACUAAGCGGCCAAAUUAUCGGCUUUCAUUUUCAAAUGGUGUUGGUAGUACUAAAAGAAGAUCUGAGUUUACGGAAGGCAAUGAAACAAACAGUCACACUGACGUAAAUGACAGACAUACUCGUCAGGAGAUGGGUGUUUCAGUGGUUACUAACAAAGGCAGAGAUCCACAGUCACCACCGUCUUUUUCAUCAACAUUAACGUCUGCUGCUGCACAUUGUAAUCAUCAACUGAAUUCUUCAGUCUCCUCACAAAAUCCCCUUAUUUCGCAUAGUGAAAAUAUCCUGUCAAAUAAUAAUUCUGAAAAUGCAAACAACUGUGAUCCAAUUGAAUGUACGGAGGUUGAAGAAUCUACAGAGUCGCCAGGAACAGAUGAUAUACAUUCGGAUUGUAUGCAUCAUACAGUGGCCGAACAAUCUGAUCUUCUUACGUCUGAUUCUGAGCUGUCGUCUCAAAGCACUAAUCGCAGUGAUGUAUUGUCGUUUGCCUACGCUUCUGGAUGUAAUACUGCAGUUGUAGAAUCAAACAGUAAUAAUGCCAGCAACAGUUUUCUAGAAUCUGUUGACUCUCAGCAGCGGCGGCCCACCUAUGCCCUGGAAUCUAAUAUUGCAUCACAAGGUGAUCAGUCCAGUUCAACUGUGAUAAAUAAAAAUCCAAUAAAUGUCUGUUUCGAUGGUUUGAGCUCCAAUGGAUCUGGAGGUUUAAGAUCUCGUCAUUGUGGUAGUGGUGCAAACGAAAGUGUACAACAAUUCACACAAUCGUGUUUCUCACGUUCUGAGAUGAAUGGAUCUACUGCAAACUUUGUAGUCCCCUCGCCUACUUCUCAUCAUCCAGAAGAAGCAACAGUUGUCGCCGCAGCUGUUGUCGCUUCUGCUGCAGCGCAUGCAGUUGCUGCUGCCGCUCAAGCUGUUUCAGCUGCUGUUCAUCAUCAUCAUCAUAGAAGAGCAUCAGAGCAUCGUUCUGGAUUGCAGACAUUUCCAUCACAUUCGAACAGUUCUGUUCUUAUGCAUGCUAUACCGAAUCAGCGAAUUAUUGAUCCACUUGGCCAAUGUACAUCUCAGCCUCUUGAAUGUAAUAAUAACUGCCCGGUAAAUCAUCUAAUUUCUGAUCUAUGCGACCACAGGGAUCAUAACAAUCUAGUAGUAAGUCAACAUGGAUUCAAUUAUAGACAGUCUCAAUUCAUAUCAGGGGCAUCUACAAAUAAUGUAUUGAAUUCAUUCAGUAUCCAUCGUCCAACGUCGAUGUGUAAUUUAUCUUCAUCUCAAGGUAUAUUUGAUCCUUCAACAUUUUAUUCGUCUGCGUCCACUGCUGGUGGUGGUGGUAACACCGGAAACUUUGCCUGUAAUUCAGAUAUCAAUUUACAUAUUCCAAAUAUCUACACGGGUUUGGGACAACUUGCUUCAUCCACCAUGCUGCAUUCAAUUCUACCAGCUUUUACUACCUCUGAUGGAUUAACACUCAUUCCAAGUACAAGUGAAUUGGUUGACACGUCUUCUUCUUCUUCUUCUCCUCCUUCUUAUCCUUUAACAACAAUCUCACAUGUCACUAGUGCAACUAAUGAUAACACUAACACAUUUCGAUUUACAAUGCCUAUGCCUACUUCAGGAUUAUCUAUAUCAGCACAGAAUUCCGCGUCGAAUUUCAUCUCCACCCCGUUGACGUUUUCAGAUCAUAUACAAUCAAAUCUAUUGAAUAACACUUUUUCAGCGCCAGGUAAUGCUGCAUCGCAUUAUCAGUCAUCAGUGUAUUCUAAUCUGCCUACAGAAGUUGCUGCUGCUGCUGCCGCUGCCGCCACGGCUACUGUGUCUAUAGAUAAUACAAAUAACUCACCUGUUAAUAACAAUAAUAAUAAUCAAUUCACUGAUCUGAAUAAUCCAAUGAAUUUCUUACCGAGUAUUGUUAGUUUGUCGUCAGCAACAACCGCUUCGCAUAAUGCAUCAAUUUCUCUUUAUCUACCUCCAUCAUUUUCGUCUGUUACGCCUAUACCGGUACUUCCAUUGAGACCACAAUUAUCAACUAUUGGCCCGUCUACACUAGCCACAACUCGUGGUGUCAAUACAUUACUACAAUUUCUUAGACUUAUUCAUCAAAGACCUGAUUCGUACGCAUUACCAUACUAUCCUUCUGCUAUGACUGCUACAGCUGGAGGUUCUAACCAAAGUGUUGUAGUGAGUGCUUCAGCCGGCGUCGCCAAUGGAACUCGAGUUGCAUCGGCUGUCACGCCGCCCCUAGUACCACAUCAUCCUAUUGUUCCUCCUCCUCAGACAUCAUUAUUGGCUGCUGGUUAUGCAGAAAGUCGGAGAAGUGUUCAAACCAAUCUAUUAUUGGAUAAUCUACAGACAACAACACUUCCGUCUCCAGUUAGUGUUCAGCCGAUUACUUCAGCAGCUGCCGCACUAGCUGUUGCUAUGGCUGCAGCCGUUGCUCUUCAGCAACAAAGCCAUAGACAUGCAUCAUCCAACGCUAUUUCAAUGCUGACUCCAUCUAGAGCUGCACCGACGCCUUCUAUACCAGUACCAAUCUUACACGCUCAUUUAUAUUAUCCUAGAAAUGUGGCAACAGUGCAACAGCUACAACAUAAUGCUCAUCAACAAUGUUAUCAUAGCCAUUAUGGCGGCGGUGUACAACACCAACAUAGUAUUUCUCAACGGCCCGCCUCUAUGCCUAAUUCAUCGACAAAUGGUUUUGUCCAAUCGAAUUCUUCAAUUGGUCCAGUAUUUGCAGCAGCGACAAGUAGUAGUAGCAGCGGCACAACCACCCCAGCUUAUCUAACUAGUCUGUUUCCAUUUCUAUUGGCUGUACCCACACCACCUACUACCUCAAACAACACCAAUUCAUCAGCUACUACAGGCUUUACAGUCAACAAUUUCUCGGAAAGCUUAUUCACGCAUUACACUGAUCAUCAGUCAGUUCGAUUCUCCAAUGGAAAUUCGCUUCUAUCUCAAAGUGUUGUAUCUGAUCCUACUUCAGCAGCGACAGCGGCGGCUGCCGCUGCGGCCGUUGCAGCAGCUGCUGCCGCCGCUGCCAGUGUUGAUACUCUAAUCCACUUGGCAGUUCAGCUAGAAUCGACUACUAAUGGUGUUGGUGGUGGCGGUCGUGGGCUUAGCAAAGAGGAGUUGGAAAGUCUACCGCUUCGUUUGUAUGUGUCUAAGACAAACAACAACGGGAACAAAUAUUUCGAUGAUGAUAAUGCAGCGUCUACUGCGACACACAUUACUACCACCACUACUACUACUAAAGAAGAAGAUGAUGACAAUCCAUCGGAUGAAUGUGAUCGAUGCAUGAUAUGCUUAGAUGAUUAUGAAGAGAGUCAGCACAUUCGUCAAAUGCGUUGUUCUCAUGAAUUUCAUGCAGAUUGUGUCGACAAGUGGUUAAAGACUAAACGUACAUGCCCUCUUUGUCGUGCAGAUGCCUUUACAGGAAGUCAACGAAAAGAUGACUAUCUGUAA